AUGAGUUGGCAGUCGGCAGAGUCGACGCUCCACCGCGUCCGCCCGCUAGAAGUUGAGGCUUGGCUUGACGCAAAACCAGAAGAACUGCAUCUGCAACUGCACACCACGUCAGCUCGCGUUGGCUACGGCAAAUCCCGUCGAGUGCCAGACAGCCCUUCUUCACGUGGGCGUUCGGACGCGGCGAGCCAGCGUCGACCACGCAGAAAGCGCGUCGUUCGUUCUUCCAGCCCAGCAGGCAGCGCCGAUAUGGACGGCGGGGGGUUUAGAGUCGAGGGCGCCGGCGCUGCAAGUUUGAUUGUGUGGCCCAGCCAGCCAGGCAUCGCCACCAACAUGAACACGCUCCGACAGCUCAACCGGGCUGCCGCCCCCGCCCUCAAGCAGGCCACCACCAAGUCGGGCCUGGUGCUGCCCAACCUGCCGCAGGUGCUCCGACCCGCCACCACGCUCGCUGCGGGCACGCCCAAAAUCUCCAAGGGCCCCACCAAGUACGGCGGCGUCUACACCGUGACGCUCAUCCCCGGUGACGGUGUCGGUGUCGAGAUCACCGACUCGGUCAAGGAGAUCUUCGAGGUGAUGAACGUGCCCGUCGAGUGGGAGCAGUUCAACGUCUCCGGCGAGACGCACGGCUCCGAGUCGCUCUUCAAGGAGGCCAUGGAGUCGCUCAAGCGCAACAAGGUGGGCCUCAAGGGCAUCCUCUUCACCCCCAUCGAGACGGGCUCGCACAACUCGUGGAACGUGGCCAUGCGCCAGCAGCUCGACAUCUACGCCUCGCUCGUCAUCUGCAAGUCGCUGCCCGGCUACCCCACGCGCCACAAGGACGUCGACUUUGCCAUCAUCCGCGAGAACACCGAGGGCGAGUACUCGGGUCUCGAGCACUCCUCCUACCCGGGUGUUGUCGAGUCGCUCAAGUCGCUCAAGGUCUCGACGCGCGCCAAGGCCGAGCGCAUCUCGCGCUUCGCCUUCGACUUUGCGCUCAAGAACGGUCGCAAGAAGGUGACGUGCGUGCACAAGGCCAACAUCAUGAAGCUCGGCGACGGCCUCUUCCUCAACACCUUCCGCCGUGUCGCCGAGGAGUACAAGUCGAGCGGCAUCGAGUCGAACGACAUGAUCGUCGACAACACCUCGAUGCAGCUCGUGUCGCGCCCGCAGCAGUUUGACGUGAUGGUCAUGCCCAACCUGUACGGCAACAUCGUGUCGAACAUUGGCGCUGCGCUCGUCGGCGGUCCCGGAACGGUGCCCGGCUGCAACAUCGGCCGCGAGUUCGCGCUGUACGAGCCCGGCUGCCGUCACGUCGCCAAGGACAUCAUGGGCACCAACGCCGCCAACCCGGCCGCCAUGAUCCUGAGCGCCACCAUGAUGCUGCGUCACCUCGGCCUCGACACGCAGGCCAACCAGAUCGCCGAGUCGGUCUACAAGGUCAUCCAGGACGGCAAGGUGCGCACCGCCGACAUGGGCGGCAAGUCCAAGACCCACGAGUUCACCCAGGCCGUCCUCUCCAACCUCUGA